CAAUGAUUAUCCUAUGUUACAGCGGUCUUUUCGUCAUAUUGUAGAUCGUCGUAAAAUAAUGAUUGACACUUUUCUCUUCACCACCACGGUUAAGUCGGAAGAUCACAGCGUGUACUACGCAAUAUGACAGAUCGUGAAACUGUGAAAGGUUCUUGUUAAGAAAAGAAAGCUCUCUUAAAAAUCGUUCAUUUUCAAACCUUUUAUUCAGAGAAAGACUUUUUUUCUUGACAAAAAUAAAAAUAAGCAUUGCAUUAAUUUGUGAUUUUAUUUACCAAGUCUCAUUCUUGAAUUUUAACUGUCAACACAAGGUUUAUAUAUAAUUUGUGAUUGUUGUUGUUCUUGAAGAAGAUCUUGUUGAUCCAUUGGUGUUAUUCAAAAGGAGUAAAACGUGAUUCCGUCAAAUGAAAACAGAGAGCCUGCGAAGAACUACGAAACGAAACGGAAGUAUAGCUAGGUCACAGCGAGACGAUUUUAGUAUUCUAAACUAAAAAUCAUUCAAUUGUCGGGAGAACAUCAAAAAAUAUGGACGUUCCACCUUUCACAACAUCGUCUGUGGUGGAGAGCGCGGCUUCUGCUUGCCCUACACCCUACUACAGUUACAGCCAAGACCCACAAGCCUAUGCAGACUAUUAUCGUUCUAGUGUAUACCGUGGCGGUCAAACUUACGCCAACAUAACCAGCCCAUACUACCCUGGAAACCCGUACGGUGACCCGCAUUAUCAUCAUCAUUAUUACACUCCAUAUCCCAUGUUGGGCAUGCAAUCUCAACAGAAAGAGUUGGUAAAACCACCUUAUUCAUACAUUGCACUUAUAUCGAUGGCCAUACAAAGUUCGCCAGAGAAAAAGCUCACACUGAGUGGCAUCUACCAAUUUAUUAUGGAUCGCUUCCCUUAUUAUCGUCAAAACAAACAGGGCUGGCAAAACUCUAUUCGACAUAACCUUAGCUUGAAUGAAUGUUUUCUUAAAGUCCCUCGUGAUGAUAAUAAGCCAGGAAAAGGUAGUUAUUGGUCCUUAGAUCCUGACUCCAUAAAUAUGUUCGAAAACGGCAGCUAUUUGAGGAGACGCAGACGGUUCAGAAAGAAGGAUGUGAAGAAAGAGGAUGGAGAUAUUGACGAUGAUGAGGAGGACGAGAAAGAAGUGUUGAUGGAGAGCCAGCACAAAUUGUGGACGAACAGCCAUCAAGAGAAACUGCUUCAAGAAAGUACUAUCAUUGAGGAGGUACAGCAUAAAAAUGAAAAACUGGUUACACGAACCCACGAGGAAGUCAUUGAUGAAAGCGAUAAAAAGCCACCUCAAGAUGAACAGGCGGUAAAAGUUGAGGAGAGAGAGAAUUUUCACGCGCAUAACGAAAUUCACUCCAACGGCGUGAUUAAUAACACUGAUAGUAAUAACAACAGUGAAAAAUCAUCUACGGUGGAGGAGAACGAUAAAGAAUCUAAAGUUCCAUCAACGACCACCAUAUACGAUGCUGGUCAAACAUUCACAAGGGCGACAUAUCCUGAUGUUAGCCACACCAUGUCUUACACCAACCUCGAUUCCAGCUUUCUACAGUACCACUUGAAUUACAGUUUCAGCGAUGUUUCCUCUUCAGUAUCAGCUGCUCGAUAUGCAGCGGAGAGAGGGUUACCAGCAACUGUCCCUCCUCCUUUGGACUAUAUAUCACGAGUGACUGGCUCUUCCACCGACGCUGCAACGUUAGCCGCAGUGACACAAGCCGCAAGAGACACAGGUGGUUCAGCUGCAUCUCGAUUAUCUGAGCUUGCUUCGUCAUCAAACGAAAUAUACAAUGGAUCACCAUCGAGGUUUCUCUCACCACCAAACAGUCCUUUUCCUAAUGGUGAGGGAAGAGCGGAAUUCUAUCCUCCAAUCAAUGCUGCUGCAUACAGCACUUUCGGUACUGUUCCUGGCGAGCAAGAUAGAAUAAGUUCGUUUUACACUCCAUAUAGACCGGUUACGACUACGUACCCAUAUUGAGAAGAUGAUUUUUUAGUGAAUAUAUAGGACUUAUUAAGAUAUAUUUUAGAUUGAAUUUGUAACAUAAAAGUCUUUUAUUGUGUUUUAUAUAUAUAUUUCAUUCUUUAUCUUUUAAAAACAAAUUUAUUUUUAAUAUUUUUUAUAGUGUUUUAAUAUUUUUAGAGUGACUGGAUUGUUUUUAACGAUUUAAAAAUUACAAAUUUUGAGAGAGUCAUCAUAAAAUGUGUACAAUAACAAACCAUGCAGAAUAUAGUUUUUCUUCUUUAUUUCCAAAAUAAAUAAU